CGCUUCCCGCUCGCCCACAAAGCCAUUAUUUUUCGAGUUUCAUCCGCAGCCACUGUGCAAAAUAGGUUUAUCAAUUUAAUUUAAGUGUUAAAGUAGUUCUAAAGUGUUGUUUUAAGUUGCGCACGCCGUACCAAGGCCCACCGCCAGCAAAUGCCCUAAACGGAUGUAUCCGUUGCAUCGGAGUUUUUGCACUAAGUUGAUGUGAUUUUGCCGUGACUUCUGCGAACGAAGAAAAUCAUUUUUGGGAACGAAAGAAGCUGCAACAAAGGUUACGUGGCUCCAACAAGAUGCAGCACAAUGUUCAUGCCGCCCGGCCAGCGCCCCACAUCCGGGCUGCCCACCAUCACAGCCACACCCACAGCCACGGCCACAUGCAACUACAUCCGGGCAUGGAGCAGCACCUGGCCCAGAGUCUCCAGCAGCAGCAGCCGCCCCCGCAGCCCCCACAUCGCGACCAUUUGCAUGCACGUCUGAAUCAUCAUCAGCAGCAGCAUCUCCACGCUCAGCAGCAGCAGCAGCAGCAGCAGCAGCAGCAGACGCCAGCUGCGGCUGGGGCUGCCUAUCAUCACGGCAACAUCAACAUCAACAGCAACAGCAGCGGCAGCAGCGCCAGCAACAACCUCGCCAGCAACAGCAGCAACCAGAUGCAGAAAAUCCGCCAGCAGCACCAGCACUUGAGCAGCAGCAACGGCCUGCUGGGCAACCAGCCACCUGGACCGCCGCCUCCGCAGGCCUACAAUCACAAUCCGGCUGCCCUGGCCUACAACCAGCUGCCACCGCAUCCGCCGCACCACAUGGCCGCCCAUCUGGGCAGCUAUGCCGCUCCACCGCCUCCCCACUACUACAUGAGCCAGGCUGCAAAGCCCUCGAAAUAUAACCAAUACGCCGGGAAUGCAAACAGCAACAGCAACAGCGGCAGUGGCAGCAGCAACUAUGCGCCCAAGGCAAUCCUGCAGAAUACGUAUAGGAAUCAGAAGGUGGUGGUUCCAGCAAUGGUGCAGGAAGUGCUCCCCCCAGAGGCGCCAGUGACCACCACCAAUAAUAAUAGCACCAACAGCAACAGCAAUAGCAACAGCAACAGCAACACCACCAACAAUAUUGUCAAAGUCAGCGAGCCAGAGGAAACAAACCAGGAACAAGAGUCUUCAGAGGAGCCAGCUGCUCCAGCGGACGACUGCAGCAGCACGGAACAUGUGGAUGCCUCGGGCACACUGCCCAACGAGGACACUAGCAGUUCAGGACGCGGGGGCAAGGACAAGACCCCCAUGUGCCUGGUCAACGAGCUGGCCAGGUACAACAAGAUUACGCAUCAGUAUCGAUUGACCGGCGAACGAGGACCUGCCCACUGCAAGACCUUCACGGUGACCCUCAUGCUGGGCGAUGAGGAGUAUUCGGCGGAUGGUUUCAAGAUCAAGAAGGCGCAACACUUGGCCGCCAGCAAGGCCAUCGAGGACACCACGUACAAGCAUCCACCGCCGAAGAUUCGGCGCAGCGAAGAAGGCGGACCCAUGCGCACCCACAUCACGCCGACGGUGGAGUUGAAUGCCCUGGCCAUGAAGUUGGGCCAACGCACUUUCUACCUGCUGGAUCCUACGCAGAUUCCGCCCGCGGAUCCCAUGGGUGUGCCGCCGGAGUUUGGUGGAGCCCAUUUGCUGGCAGCACCGGGACCGCCGGGAAUGCCCCAGCAACCGCCGCCACCCGCUUACGCCCUACGACAAAGACUUGGCAAUGGAUUCGUGCCCAUUCCGUCGCCACCGAUGCAUCCGCACUUCUUUCAUGGUCCCGGGCAGCGACCGUUUCCGCCCAAGUUCCCAUCGCGCUUUGCCCUGCCGCCACCGCUCGGCGCGCAUGUGCUGCACGGACCCAAUGGCCCGUUUCCCGCUAUUCCCACGCCGCCCAGCAAGAUCACCCUGUUCGUGGGCAAACAGAAGUUCGUGGGCAUCGGCAGGACUCUGCAGCAGGCCAAGCAUGAUGCGGCGGCCAGGGCAUUGCAGGUGCUCAAGACACAGGCCAUGUCCGCAUCGGAGGAGGCUCUCGAGGAUUCGAUGGACGAGGGCGACAAGAAGUCACCGAUCUCGCAGGUGCACGAGAUCGGCAUCAAGCGCAACAUGACCGUGCACUUCAAGGUUCUACGCGAGGAGGGGCCGGCGCACAUGAAGAACUUCAUCACGGCCUGCAUCGUGGGCUCCAUUGUCACCGAGGGUGAGGGCAAUGGCAAGAAGGUAUCCAAGAAGCGGGCCGCUGAAAAGAUGCUCGCCGAAUUGCACAAGUUACCGCCCCUCACGCCCACCAAACAGACGCCCCUAAAAAGGAUUAAGGUGAAGACUCCUGGCAAGAAUGGAGCUGCAGCGGCAGCAGCAGCAGCACGCGAAGGAUCAGCAGUCCCGGGCGCCGAAGGUGUGAAGCCAGAGAGACGCAAGCGACUCAAUCCGCCAAAGGACAAGCUGGUGGAUUUGGACGAUGCGGACAAUCCCAUCACCAAGUUGAUUCAACUGCAGCAGACGCGCAAGGAGAAGGAGCCCAUCUUCGAGUUGAUAGCCAAGAAUGGCAAUGAAACGGCUCGGCGGCGGGAGUUCGUCAUGGAGGUCUCCGCCAGUGGAAGCACAGCCCGAGGAACAGGCAACAGCAAGAAGCUGGCCAAGCGAAAUGCGGCGCAGGCGCUUUUUGAACUUCUGGAGGCGGUGGAGUUCACCCCCAGCAACGAAACCCAAUCCCCCAAAGAGGGCAGCACCACAGCCACGGUGUCAGUGGUCACGGCUCCUGUCGUGGAGGCCACUGCAACUGCCGAGGGUGAAGUGCCCAUGGUCUCCACACCAGUGGGUCCCAUGCCAGGCAUUUUGAUACUGCGCCAGAACAAGAAACCUGCGAAAAAGAGGGAUCCAGUUGUUGUGGUUGCCAAGGCCAAUGUGGAAUCCAAAGAGGAGGAGGCCAACAAGGAGGUGGUUGUUGCAGCUGAGGAGAAGAGCAGCGCCAACGAGAACUCUGGCGAUACCAACAGUAGCAACAGUAGCAGCAGCGAUUCCCAGGCCACAGAGGUGGCCAGCGAGAGUGCUCUGAAUACCUCAACCGGCAGCAAUACGAGCGGUGUGAGCAGCAACAGCAGCAAUGCAGGUGCCUGCAACAGUGGCAACACAGAAAACAGCAGCAGCAGCAACAGCAGCAACACCGCCAAUAGCAACAGCAGCAGCAGCAAUACAGAAAGCAGCAGCAACAGCACACCAAGUGUUGGUGUGCAUAUGAAAGAGCAGCUGCUGUAUCUGAGUAAAUUGUUGGACUUUGAGGUCAACUUCUCGGACUAUCCCAAGGGCAAUCACAACGAGUUCCUCACGAUUGUGACGCUCUCCACGAAUCCGCCACAGAUCUGCCAUGGUGUUGGCAAAAGCUCCGAGGAGUCGCAGAAUGAUGCGGCCAGUAAUGCAUUGAAAAUACUCAGCAAACUGGGCCUCAACAAUGCCAUGAAAUAAGCAUAAAAAAAGAGUUGACAUUUUUUUUGUUUCAAACCCUCCUAUUAACUGCAAUUUUUGUUGUUGCACAUAUGCAAGAUGAAAGCAAAAAACAAUUAAAAUACCCGUCCACAAAGCAAACCUAAACCUAAAUCCAAAAGCCAAGCUGUGUGCAAAUUCAAAAAAAGAAGAAAAAAAGUGAAAAGUAAAAAGUAAAAAGUAAAAGAGAUGAGCAAUGCAAGAAACAGUACUUUUUGAAAUAGCAAAUUAUUAGUUUAAUACCUAUUUAUUUAUUUAUGUGCAAGUUGUGCAAAAUGGUGUUAUUAUUUUAUUUAUAUGUUGAGAAUUGAUUAACGAAUCGAACUGAUUGGAACAGAAACUGAACAGAAGCGAACACUUGAACAAAGAGCCGCAACAAUGUUAUUAAUCCAAAUUGAGAAUCGAACAAUAACUAGACUUAAUGAGAAACCCCAACAAAAAGAACAUGAAUGAACAGAUGCAAAUGUUUGCAGUAUCUAAACUUAAGAUUAAGCAGAAAGUGAAAAAGCUCAAUAAUCACUUGAAUUGAAUUGAUGAACAAAGGACUAUUGAUACCUCUUAGCUGCAUGCGGCCAACGCUUUCAAAAAUAAAUACAAAAUUUCUGAGCACCUCGGUGCAGGACAAAAUUUGGAGGAUAUCCAAUUCAAGGAUAAACCGGGCCGUCGUCAGAGGACAAAAAAAGAAAGGGAAACAAAUUUUUGAUUUAUUUUUCAAAGCAAGACAACCAUUAACCGCUUGUGGUCACAUGCUUGAUGAAACUCGUCGAAUAAUGAAUCUAUUAUACGUAUACUAUAUUUAAGUGUUAAGCAUAAGCAUCGGCGAGUGUCGAAAAGUCGUAUAUAUACCCAUGAAUGGUCGAUUUGCCGAACUUUCAGCAAACAUUUCAACGCAAAGUUUGCUGGAUUUUGGAGAUUGACAGGACAUGGCAUCACAUACACUAUAAAAUACAAUUUACAUAAUCGUUAUAAUUAUAAUUAUGAAUGUUUAAUAAGCCAUUUUUGUAAAUGUUCAGCUUUUGGCCAGUGUGUGCAAGCUAAAAGCUGAACAUCCUUAUGAAUAAUGAAUCGUGUUGUUUAAUCUGUCAUCUGUCAUGUUUUGUCCCCAUAUUUUUUGCUUGUUUUUGAAUCCGUUUUAUGUUAGUUAUGUUAUCCCAACUCCAGUCCAGUAUACACACACACACACACCAUUCAAAAUUUCGCGUACAAUAGUUUUAAAUGCGUUCGCCCUUAAACAGCACCAGUUGAUUAAGCGUUAAGUUGCGUUAUGUAAAAUGUAUUUUGUCUAAGCAAUCGCGUCGGCCACAAUGUGCAUGAUUGCCUCGCGUUUUGCGAUUUGCGAUUCGCGAUCCUAACCUAAGCUUAAGACCCAGCGAACUGUAACCGUUGAAAUUGAAGUCAAACCCAGUAUUAAAUGUAUAGAUAAGGGCAGCUAUCAGCUAUCAGCAACCAGCAACUCCCACAAUUAAUAGACUCACCACAGAUAUAUCGUGCACAUUGUUUGCGCCACACAAAUUGUUCAUUUUGUCAGAAGAUUUUGCAGACCCAGAAAUCGUAAUCAUUUAAUUAAUUGCGGGGCAAAAUCUUCACAAAAUUGAUUGAAAUUAUUAAUCUUAAUGUGAGAUGUAUCGCAGUAACAACAAAGCGUAAAGAUCUGUUCAUUAACACCAAAUAAAGGCAUACGAGUCAAGAUGAGAGAACACAUUUAUUAGUCUUAAGCCUCUGCCCCCACAAACACUCACUAAGUUUUGUCUAUCUGUAAUGUGACAAAUAAGCAUGUUAUAUCAUAAAAACCAUAAAGACCCCUCAAUGAAACUAUGUAAAAUGUAAUUAAACGAAUAAACAGUGAAAUAAAGUUGGAA